AUGUCUGCCUAUUCAACGCAACGUAUCUCAGGCCCCCAGCCCACAAGUCCUAUGUCGAAGCCGGCAACAGCAUCUCCGGAACAAGAUGAAACAUGUGAAGAACCACCAUGCAACAUUGCUGCAAAAAAUAUUCCGUUCUUUACACCUGCGCAGAAUCCACCCGCCGGAACAGCGUUGGAGUGUCAGUCACCUGGAAAGUCUGUCCCAAAGUUAUUUACGCCGCUUAAGAUUCGAGGUAUCACGAUGCAGAAUCGUAUCUGGGUCAGCCCAAUGUGUCAGUACAGCGCACAUGAGGGCUUUCAUACACCUUGGCAUAUCGCCCAUUAUGGAGGGAUGGCUCAGCGAGGUCCCGGCCUAAUCAUGCUAGAAGCUACGGCAGUUCAAGCCAAUGGCCGCAUUACACCUGAAGACUCGGGUAUCUGGCUCGACGCCCACAUAGAUACUCUCCGAAAGCAUGUUGAAUUGGCCCAUAGUCAGAAUGCUCUGAUUGGAAUUCAGCUAGCCCAUGCUGGCCGUAAAGCUUCCACUAUUGCUCCCUGGUUGAAAUCCACGGCUGUUGCGACACGGAAGGUACAGGGAUGGCCUGAUGAUGUCGUCGGACCUACUAGUCAGCCUUUCAGCGAGCAUACUCCCAAGCCUCGAGCUAUGAAUUUACCUGAGAUAGCUCAGCUUCGACAGGACUUUGUGCUAGGCACGCAGCGGGCUAUCCGUGCUGGCUUUGAUGUCAUUGAGUUGCAUUUUGCACAUGGAUACCUUGUGUCGACUUUUCUCACCCCUGCUGUUAACAAACGAACAGAUCAGUACGGUGGCAGCUUCGAAAACCGCUGUCGAUUGGCCCUUGAAAUUAUUAAGGAUAUAAGGGCUUCCAUGCCUGCAGAUAUGCCAUUAUUUGUCCGCAUCAGCGCUACUGACUGGCUGGAAAAUAACCCAGAGUACCAGGGAGAAAGCUGGACCGUUGAGGAAAGCAAAAAGCUGGCUAUUCUCCUAGCUCAAUAUGGGGUAGAUGUUUUGGAUGUCUCGAGUGGCGGAAACCACGUAUUACAGCAGCCAGUUGGUGGCCCGGGAUAUCAAGCCCCAUUUGCAAAAGCUAUCAAGAAAGCUGUAGGUGAUACAAUGCUUGUCAGCUGUGUUGGUAGCAUUAGGACCGGUGACCUCGCGGAGCAGCUGAUUGUUGGAAGUAACGACUCAGAUGACGUUCCUCUUGAUCUCAUAGCCGCAGGACGUAUGUUUCAAAAGAAUCCUGGACUGAGACAUGUCCUAUUCGUUGUCAUUUACCCAAAGGUCGGGCCUAUCACUUAUGUCUACAUCUUCAUUGGCCAAAAAGAUGGCCCAAAUGGUCUUAGACUUUUGCUCUCUAUCAUUUAG